AUGAAUUCGAUGCUGUAUGAUGGAUUAAGUAGGGAUAACUUAGCAUUAGAAGCUGCUCGACAACUUGAUCACAUAAAUGCUACUUAUAAAAAUAUAUCUCAACAACACAAAGAAUUAUUAGAAAUUAAUACUUCAAUAGUAGCCUACAUUGAAGAAAGUAAGUUACGAAUUUCCACUCUUCGGUUAAAGUUAGCAGAUGAAGCGCAAUGCUCUUAUAAAGUUGCCGAUAUAUUGUCUAAAAAAUAA